GCAGCCGGCGGUCGGUCGGGCCGGGCCCGGAGCCGCCACUGUUGGGACCGGGCGGCAGCCGAGCGGGAGGAGAUGGUGUCCCCCGGCGCCUCCGCCGGGCGGCUGGGCUCCGCGCUGCCCUUCCUGCUCGUGCUCCUCGACCUGCAGUACCAGGGAGCUGAGUGUGGAAUAAAUGCAGAAGUAGAAAAACAACUUGAAAUGGGAAAGAAAUUACUGGCUGCAGGACAGCUAGCAGAUGCUUUGUCUCACUUUCAUGCAGCUAUAGAAGGAGACUCUGAUAACUACAUUGCUUAUUACAGAAGAGCCACAGUGUACUUAGCCAUGGGCAAAUCUAAAGCUGCAAUUCGUGAUUUAAGUAAAGUGGUUGAAUUAAAGCAGGAUUUCACAUCAGCAAGAUUACAGAGAGGACACUUACUGCUUAAGCAAGGAAAAUUUGAUGAAGCAGAGGAUGACUUUAAAAACGUGCUCAAAUCCAAUCCUAGCAAUAAUGAGGAAAAAGAAGCCCAGACUCAGCUGACAAAAUCUGAUGAGCUGCAGCGCCUGCAUUCACAAGCACUAUCUGCUUACCAGCAAGAGGAUUAUGAAGCUGCUAUUUCUCUUCUUGAUGAAAUCUUGGCAGUUUGUGUUUGGGAUGCAGAGCUACGGGAACUUCGAGCAGAGUGUUAUAUAAAGGAAGGGGAACCAAGCAAAGCUAUUAGUGACUUGAAAGCUGCUGCCAAAUUAAAGAAUGAUAAUACUGAAGCCUUCUAUAAAAUCAGCAGAAUAUAUUAUCAGCUGGGGGACCAUGAAUUAUCACUCAGUGAAGUCCGGGAGUGUCUGAAACUGGACCAAGAUCAUAAGCAGUGUUUCUCUCUCUAUAAGCAAGUAAAGAAACUCAAUAAGCAGAUUGAGUCAGCAGAGGAAUUCAUCAGAGAAGGCAGGUAUGAAGAUGCUAUCAGUAAAUACGAAUCUGUAAUGAAAACUGAGCCAGAAGUCCCAGUUUAUGCUACUCGUGCCAAAGAAAGAAUCUGUCACUGCUUAUCAAAGAAUCAGCAGUCUACAGAAGCCAUAAAACUUUGUACAGAAGUUCUGCAACUGGAACCAACCAACGUGAAUGCUCUGAAAGACAGAGCAGAAGCUUAUUUGCUGGAAGACCUGUAUGAAGAAGCUAUUAAAGACUAUGAGACUGCUCAAGCCAACAGUGAGAAUGACCAGCAGAUUCGGGAGGGGCUAGAACGUGCCCAGAGAAUGCUGAAGCAAUCACAGAAGAGGGAUUACUAUAAAAUCCUGGGAGUAAAAAGAAAUGCUCGAAAGCAAGAAAUCAUAAAAGCUUACAGAAAGCUGGCAUCCCAGUGGCAUCCUGAUAACUUCCAGAGUGAGGAAGAAAAGAAGAAAGCAGAGAAAAAAUUUAUUGAUAUAGCAGCUGCUAAAGAAGUCCUCACUGACCCAGAAAUGAGACGGAAGUUUGAUGCAGGAGAGGACCCACUGGAUGCAGAGAGUCAGCAGGGUGGCAGCAACCCUUUCCACAGGAACUGGAACACGUGGCAAGGAUUCAACCCCUUUGGUUCUGGAGGAGGACCAUUUACAUUCAAAUUUCACUUCAGUUAGAGCCAAGACUGUUUCUGGUGGCUGCUGCUGUUUUUUACUCAAUUCAUUGAAAAAUAAAAAGUCUCUCAGUUCAAGACCCAAAAUUUUAAUUUCUAAUGUUGUCCUUAACCCAGAGUCUUACUGCACUAGAAGGAAGGUCUUUCUUUCUUUUGGUAUUCAGUGGGUUUGCUUGACAAGCUCACACUGGUUGGGGGGGGAGUUGUACUGCCUUUGUAUUUGUUGUGGAUAUGCAGGACAUGUUUAUUCCCAUGGAUGGAAAAAACAAUAAGAUGCUACUUAGGACAACGCUUAAAUUUAGGACUCAAGUAUAUGCUUAAAGAUAAAAAUGCAUGUAAAUAUUUUUCUGGAUCGGGGCCUAAUAAACACGGCAAGGGUAGAUACAGUAGUCUCCACAUUAACAAACUGUUGGUCAUGCUCAGCAGAACGAUCCAUCUCUUCAGAGGAAACCCCAGUGACCACCUGCUGUGUUGGUGUCGGCAGCAGCAUAGGCGGGAGAAGAGCCUGUGUGCUGAACCAGUCCCAGCAAUCGCUCUGGAAAAAGAGUGCUUGGGAGUAAUUGUAUUUGAAAAUGUCUGCUCGCUUUGCUCAUUAAUGGAUUGGGGUGAUUUCCUGGGUGGUAAUUGUCAACUAUGAAACUAAAAAAAAAACAAACCACACUUUUUUUUCUGAAUGUCAUUUGGGUUGUUUAUUUGGGUAUGAUUCUUGAGUAAUUGGCACUUUAACAAAAUACCUGCUUGAGAUUUGAGCAGAAAAUUUGUUGUGACAUAUCCCUGACUGUGCAGCAAUUUGUUAGUUCUGUACAUAAACUCAGAACUAAGACAGGUUGUGAGGUGAGUGUACUGCUGACCAGGAAUGUGAUAUUGACUCCUGUAAUACAACUUCAUUUCUGUUGGGUGGUGCAACAGGGAAUUAAUACUUUGGGAAAUUGAAGUAAUGUUGUGUUUCGUGUAACAGCCACGGUACUGCAGAAACAAAUGUGUGCAAAAAGAGGGACUAACUUCCCACUAGCCAGAAGUCUAGUUUAUUUUUUUCUAUAUGCACAUAGUUAAAAUUGGUUUGGUGCGGUUGAUGGAACUGUGAGAGUGUGAUGUACAGUGUUUCCAGGGCUGUAGCUGGGAGGAGUGAGGAGUCCUCUGUUCUGUAACUGAGUCUGUCAUAGUUGCUGAUGAGUUUCAUCAGCAGCCAUUUUCUUAGAACGCAAGAAUUACGGUUCAUCAGUGUUGAUUGCAUUUUAACUGGAAAACAAUAAUCAGUUGAUAGGAACCUUCUCUCACUUCAACUUGUGGCAUUUGAAACCAUAAGCAGCCGCAGUAAAACAAAUGAAAUAGGCAAAUAAGGCCUUCAGUCUGAAAGUGCAUUUUAUCUUACUAUAGUCAAAGUUGCUGUUGGAGCAUAACCCUUGGCUCCUGCCCAAGUACUUCAUGAACAUAAUUGCAAAGCCAUGCGUUCAGCAGAAAUUUAUCUUCAAGCUGGGUAGCAGUGUGGUGGUCCAAGAGUUUUUGGUUCAAAACUACCCCAGCAGCCUGUGAAACCCCAGUGUCGGAUGUUUCCCAAGUUGAAUGACUUCCUAGAAGUUCAGCUUGUGCCUUUGACCUGUUGGAAAGUUUUUUUGCUUAAGCUCUGUACCAGAUACUCAGGACACUGUUCAGAGCACUCUAGGCUGGCAUGACUCUCUGGGACUCAGACACAGGAACUUGCUGCACAGUGAAUAACCUGUUACCCUGUGGAAUUGGUCUCUGUGCAUCUGCUUGUUGCUGGAGUACAUAAAGGACGGGCAGGUGGCUCUCAUGUGUCCCCCUGUGGCUCCUCUCAGCCCCUGAGGGGGAGCUCAACCCAGCCAUGCCUGUUGUGGGCAGGGUGGUUCCUGGUGGUUGCUCUGUGUGUGUGUGUGUGUGUGUGUGCAUGAGCCACUGCUCUGUGCAAACCCUUCUAUAUCGGCUCGUUCACAACAGAGGGGGCUGUUUUUAAAUGAGUAUUGAAUGAGCAGUGUAAGCAAUAUGUCACAUUUUGUACAUACAGGAGUGUGGUUGGGCUGCACGUCACAACAAGGACCACAGACAGCUGUGUUUGUGUGCUGGGGAAGUGAUGGGAAUGAAAUGUCUUUCCAAGAACUGCCCGUGUUCCUUUUUUAUUUUUUUUCCCCCUCAUCCCUCUCCCUUCUCUGUUUUAAAAACCAGAGCUGAGAGAAGUGUUUCCUGGGGUUUACUUUUUUUUUUCUUCUAGAGAAGGAAUAAGAUGGUCCCUCAUGAGUAAAUUCUUCAUACAAGGCACUGAUGUUGGAGCAUCAUGGGUUUGUUUCUCUGGGGCAGCAGGACAGUUCUAGUGUACGCUGGGAGCAUUCAGGAACCAAAAAGGACCAUGUGCAUUUUGAGAAUGAAUGGGAAAGGGAAAAUUACAUUUUAAGAAAAAAAAAAAUAAGGGUUGAAUGUAGUCAGUAGAAGAAGGAAGAUGAUUAGUACCUGAAUGCUGUUCAUAGAUUUGUUCCAUGAAAGAAAGGUUCUUGGAAACAAAGGCAAAAAAUGACAGUGGAGAAAAAAGCUUUACUAGUAUUGAGCAGCAGCUGUUUACAAGAAGUGUUACCACCCCAGUGCUAUUCCUAAGGGCUUUGAGGUACUUCUGGAAACGCAGAAAGAUGAAGUUUGUUAAAAAAGAAACCAUUUACAUUGCAAGGCUCUCCAGAUACGGUGAUGCAUUUCCUGAUGUGACUUUGGAAAAUGAAGCACUGGUAACACGCUGAGUGUUAAUGGUGCAGGCAACGUGCAAGGAAGCUGAACUCGCAUUUUUAUUUAUUAGUGGGUGUCUGUAGUGCAAUAAUGUUCAAUAACUGAACAUUGGAAUAAAUGUCUUGCUAGUUUGUCAACCCUGAGAUGUGCAUGAAGCAUCGUUACCAUAACUGGCCUGUAUGUAGAUGCAAACUUCCUCUGUUGAAUUCUUUCAGUUUUAAUAAACCUGUUUCCAACUUGUUGUAAAAGGAAGGUGGGGGGGCAUGUUAUACUUGGUACAUGUUUAAUACUGAUGUACUGAUGAUCAGUGUUAAAACAGAUUCAAAGUGAACUACAGACUGAAGUGCUCAAACUUGUGACAUAUGCAGAAAAUGUGUCAGCUUAAACUUUUUUU